AGACAGACUAAAAUGGAAAUAGCAGAUAGUCAAUCAUCUACAAAUGCCAUUGCUCCAAUCACAAGAGCAAAAGUAACUGCAAUAGCUUCGUAUCCACAAAAGAAAUCAAUCACAUCAAAGGCAAUCCCUCGAACUACACAUACCACUCAGACAGUCAAGAAAUCCUUGAAGCAUAUUGUAGCCAACACCGCCAUAAAAAACAGUAGCAUGCCAGAUACAAAGGUAACCAAUACUACUGCGUUACAAAAAGAGUCGUCAAAAUCCAAUACGGGCAGUUCACUACAUCAGGGUGCUGAUUUAGACCAUCAAGAUACUACAAACUAUACACAUCUGCAUUCUAGCGCGACUAAAGAUAGUUUAAAAGAUGCUGAAAAAAGCCCUAUUAAUUUAACAAGCGAGGAUGGUAAUGCUGGACAAAAAGGCGAUUUGCAUAAUGACAACCAAACCAAAGUGACUUUAUCAGAACUCAAUAACGAGCGUGAGCGAAAAGAGCCUCCUCCAAACCAUGUCAAAAUCUCGACUCUGCAGCAAUCAACAAAUCGCCGAGCCAAGUCUGCACUUCCAAAGUCACACCCAUCACAGUCGCGCCUUGUAAAUGAAACAAAGGCAGCGAUGCCAGCUACACAGUCUCAAUCAAAAACUCUAUUCCCAAACAAAAAUAAACAUGCCAAGUCCAGUACGGUGAAAUACAAUGAGAAUCAAACAAAACAAGGACCAAAUCAAAUCAAAUCUAGUCCGGAGCAAGAGAUAACUGCCAGUCGCACAAAUACAACAAAGUUGAAUUUGGAACACAAACAGCCCAAGGUUAUCUCACCUGCAAAAAGUGCACAAGCAGAUAUACCAGAACUACAAAGCAAACUGUCGGCAGUAGAUCAGCACGCAACUACUAGCAAUUCAAAGCUUCACAGCUCAACAAUACUACAUUUGCCUAGUAAUGUUGAUUGUGAAAUAAAUCUCAACCCUGCUUCAGAUACAGCAGUUCAAGAAAACCCCACAAAUAUCAAUGCCCAAUCAUCAAUGCAUUCCGACCAUGCUAUGAUUGAGCACGACAAAACUGUGCAAAAAAUCAGUCAGUCCAUUCCAAUCGCUGUCCAUACUUCAAAACCUCAAAUUAACCACUCCAAAAUCAGCGCUCCAAAAUCAGAACAUACUUUCAAGUCAGUGACCAUUUCAUUACCACUAUCUCCUGGAAAAACUGAAAAUAUUGAUCAAAUCACUGCAAAUCAUUUAAAAUCGCACGCAUCGUCUCGAAAAAGUCAUUUGCCCAUAUUGCAAGCUCGUGACCCUCGGCAGUCUGAACAUACCAUUCAAUUACUUUCCAAAUCCAUAGAAGCCAUGGAAUCAUUUUCUCAGAAACUUGAGCUAUUAAAAGCUCAUCACAAGCAAAAGGAAUGCACACACGCGGAUUCGAAAACUGUACCAGUAAAUGUCACACAUUUGAUUGUUUCCAACGAUGACCUCUCUCAAACCCUAGAUAAGUCUCAUGCAGAAAAACAACUCGAGUGUGCUGAUCAUGACCGUGAAAUUGCCGAGUUGCAUUCUAAAAUCUCUGUUCUUCAAAAACGAGUGUUGAGGGAGCAAGAAAAAUCAAAAAUAUAUCCCAAAGUAACAUCCAUUGUACCAACUUCACUCGAGGCCAAUAUUCACUUGCGACAUCAAUUUCAAAAAAGUUUGGAAAACGAACGAGAUAAGUACGCAGCAUUGGAAAUGGAGAAUCAGCGGCUUAUUCAUGAAAUUCGCGAUUUAACCAUGGCGCACGUCAAAAAGAAACGAGCGCUCUCAACGCAGGAAGCCACGCACUAUGCCAAUGAGGUGUCACAAUUGAGGAACAAAUCCAAAGAUAUUAAAUCCGAAAAAAUGAUGCUUGAAGAAAAAGUGUUGGAAAUGGAACGUCGGCUUGCCAAAGAAAUCAAAGAAAAAGAGCGGCUGUUUAAAGAAAUGAUAUCCAUGCGCCGAUUGCAGAUGCACGUGUCAAAUAAGCUGGACGACUUUUCAAAUAGUAGCAGUAUAGAUAGCAGCAUUGACAACUGUAGUCAAAUCAGUUUGGAUAAUGACACGACUACUGGAUACCUGCGUUCAAUUGGUGUGCAUACAGAUACCAAGCAACGGUUUGAUCCAAGUUUUUAUAAUCUCGAUUUAGAUCACAUUAGUAUUGCAGUAAAAAGAGCCAAAACUGCAGUUCCAAAACGGUCUUCAUUACGAGGUCAUUCGGAGCACAAUAAAGUAGAGUCUAGUGAUAUUGUGCCAAGAGCCGCUACCGCAGAUUCUACCAGGCAUGUUCAACUUGGAGGUGCCUAUCACAGAGAUGAUAUUGCACAACUUGAGUCUUCAUUUAACAAGCAAAAAAUGCAUGUCUUGGAACAGGAUGUUGAAUUGGAUAAACAAUCUACCAAUCACAAUGAAUCGGAAAACGUGUGCCAGAUUGCAACUGAUAUAUAUGAGAUGGAUUACCUUCGGCCCAUGAUUACAUUUGGUCCUAAAACGAAAGAGGAAUGCAUGAAAACUGACUACAAAACAUUUGAUCCCAUUGCAACCGAAUCGAAUCAUAUUUGCAAAAUCGCAACGAUUAACAAUCAUGGCAAUCCUUCAAGUGAGCAUCUUGAUUUAAAUAUGCAUGGUAAUACGGCACAUGAAGAUAUUUCAACACAAAACAACCACGGCAGCACACUGACACAUUUUGAGCACAAUGCACAUGAUGAUCAGCAUACUUUUCCCCAGCACUCCGAAUUAGGGAUUGAACCAGAGCAGCCUAUUGAAAAGCAUUUGUCUAGCAUUAGCAAAGUAGCUGAUUUGGAGCAACUUGUUGUUGAUCAGCAGACUACAAAUGAAAAUCAACCAGCUCAAGCUCAUACAUCUGAAUUAUACGAGGCUAUUCCAGCCAAAAACACAAUGCAUGCACGUAUCAACGCGCUGCCAGUAGCUACAUCAGAGUAUUUUGAAAUCAGCGAAGGACAAGAUCAAGUUCCAGAUGAGAUACUCUCCUUUUCAGAAAAGCAAGGUAUAGCAAAAACUUUGAUUACUCGAGGUUUGGAAAAAACUGCUCGGAGUCGACAACCAUCUGAGGAAUCCAUUAGAGCAGCAAAGAUACAGUUGGAGUAUGACGCAUAUGUCACUAAUCGCAACAAUAGACAAGUGAACACGGGUUUUGAAAAUCGAGCCUUGGCAGAUUCCAACAUUUUGCCUUUAACUAAAGAUUUGAAAGCUGUAGUAGAAAUUCCAGAAGAAAGUGCGGAUAAAAAUCAUGUUUGUAGUAAUCUUGAAUAAAAUAUUAAAAUUUUAUUAU